ACACUGAAAACUGGGAGUUCACACAUGCAAGUGCAGUAUGCCACUAGCCGUGGCGACAUUUUUGUUGCUUGUGUGAACCCGGCUGUAAUUGGUGAUAUGUUCUUUUGUUUACACCAUGUGCACGUGCAGUAAGCAAUUAGAAAGUGAGUAAACAUGGCUACGCCGGGGAAGAAGCGUAAUGUUAAUGUGGAGAGAAAUCUAGAAGACAAGGAUUCAAGUGACAGCAGCGAUGAGAGCUCUGAAUAUCCAGAACAAGAGGAAUACAUGGGACAAAAAGAGAUUCAGGUUGAUUUUGAGGGAAGAAAUCCAACCGAUUCUGACUUUCAUGGAAUCAAGCAGUUACUGCAGCAACUAUUUUUGAAAGCCCAUGUCAAUCUGUCAGAACUAACAGACCUAAUAGUUUCUCAGAACUACGUUGGAAGCGUUGUGAAGCAAAGUGAAGUGGAUGAAGACAGUGAUGACGACGAUGGUGAUGAUGGAAAUGACGUUUUUGGAAUCACAACUGUUAUUAAUCUUACUGACAAGCAGGAACGGGAGUGUGUGCAGCAGUUGCGUUCAUUAUUGUUGGAACUGAGCCGUGAACACGCAACUGAUUCAGCUGCAACACAGAUCAGUUCUCUUAUUGCAGAUGACACAAGGCCGAUUGGAUUGCUAAUCAAUGAACGAUUUGUCAAUAUUCCUGCACAGAUUUCUGUCCCUCUCCUUGAGAACCUCAGCAAGGAAAUAAAAAGGGCAAAAGAGAAGAAAAUGCCAUUUGACUUUGCAUACUAUGUAAUAAUAUGCAAGUUAUACAAAGCAGAUAAAACAUCAAAAAAGAAAAAGAAAAACAAGAAAGCUGACAGUGAGUGUGAACAAGAUAUAAUUUGGUCUAACCCUGAAGAGGAAAUCAUAAAUCAGGAAGCUGACUGCUGGUUUGAGUUUUGUGUCCAACAGGACUCGGACAGUGCUCUAAGUGGUUCGUGGUUGGAGGACGAUACAGAGAUGGUGCCAUACAGGCGUGUGCUCUUAGUUCCAGCUUCAAAUCUUGAGCCUGUGAUAGAAAAAAUAAAAGAUUUUGUAUCUUCCAAGAACUGCUGACAAUUUAUAUUCAUACAUUAUGGUUGCAAAGAAACAACUGAAUUUUCUAACGCCAAAUAAAAUAAUUUUGAAAUGUG